CAAACUCUUUAUUGCCAAUACUUUUGACCAUUCAUUGCAGUCAUUGAAUAGCAUAGCGUCGACUGUACUGUACAUGACUUGACUCGAGUGCCCACACAAUGCGUACAGUGAAUGCGAUGAGUGAUCAGUGAAUCAGUGAUCAGUGAUUGCUAUGUCUGACUGUCUAUGCAUUGAAUGACGCAAUUGUUUACUAUUACUAUAUAUUGAGUGUUGUUUUGAAUGCGAUUUAGCCGUAAAUCCAGACAUCAGUUGACGUCUAGUGUUGUAAUUAAUGGACAGAUUUUAGGUGUGAAUUGAUUUGACGACAACAACACAUACUAUGGCGACGACCAACGCAUGCGAUGCCAUCGAUGAGCCCGUCUUUGCCAACGAAAUCAAUUCAUUGGAAAUCAAAUUAGCGGAGGUGGUGGGAAAGGGCACGUUUGGAGUGGUCCGCAGGGGCUUCUGGAAGGGACGCGAAGUGGCCGUCAAACUCAUUGAGACAGAGCAGGAGAAGAAGGCCUUCCAGAUCGAGUUGAGACAGUUGUCACGCGUAUCGCAUCCCAACAUUGUCUGCCUAUACGGCGCCACUCAAGACAAUGGUUUCGUAUCGUUGGUGAUGGAGUACGCGGAAGGCGGCAGUCUUUACAAUGUUCUUCAUUCGGUGCCACUCGUGCCCUACAGUUUGUCUCACGCCAUCUCAUGGGUUCUUCAGUGCGCGCGCGGCGUCUCAUAUCUGCACGGAAUGCAACCCAAGGCUCUCAUCCACAGAGACCUUAAGCCACCCAAUCUACUGUUAGUCAGCGGCGGAACUAUACUUAAGAUAUGUGACUUUGGAACCGCUUGUGAUAUUCACACUCAUAUGACCAACAAUAAGGGUUCGGCCGCUUGGAUGGCACCCGAAGUAUUUGAAAGUUGGAACUAUACUGAAAAGUGUGAUGUCUUCAGUUGGGGUAUCAUAUUAUGGGAAGUAUUGGCCCGAAAGAAGCCAUUCGAUGAGAUCGGAGGGCCGGCAUUCCGGAUCAUGUGGGCUGUCCAUAGCGGACAACGACCACCGCUAUUACAGCGAUGUCCGCAAGUGAUUGAAAAUUUAAUGACCAAAUGUUGGGAUAAAGACCCGACUCUGAGGCCAUCCAUGAAGGACGUGGAGGAGACUGUGGAACAAGUAUUCCAAUACUUACCAAAAUCAAUUGAACCCAUUGUCCACAAUACGUCUUCAAGCGCGUACUCAACGGUUGACGACAGUCUUUCAUCUGACUAUAGUAUAGAUCAAAUUCAGACCCAAUUAGACGCUCCGCAACAGAUUGUAACCGAACCGCCGGUUUUCAAUAGUGGCACAAAUGUCGUCAAUCCAAACGAUUUGCACCAAAGUAAAAACAAUCCGGCUUAUAGUGUACCGCCCAAUAUGUCUGGAUUUAUCAAUAAUGCGAACUAUAGUUCAGAGUUUUUGCAACAAAAUAAAUUUCCCCGAAAGAUAUCCGAAGAGAAAGUGGUUUUGGACUCAAACUUAUCGCAAAUUCAGUCAUAUCGCGGACACAAGCGGUCCAAUUCGAGCGGAACGCCGGUCACGAUUCUCGGCACUUCCCCUCAAGCCCUGCCCCUCAAUAAGUCCCACUCAAGCCAUGGUCUCAAUGACGAUCAGACUAACCCUCCCAUUAGUUCCCAAUUUGGCGGAACAGCUGAACCUCAAGUCAGUGGUCGUCACGAUUUGCCCAAACUAUCGAUGUCUUCGUCUCGUGAUAUGCAGACCAAUCAAAGAGUUGUUCCAUCGAAUCCGAUUCCCAAAGACUUCAACGCCUAUCUGGUAUUGGAGUCAGACUUACAGCCCAUACAACCGGACAAUAAUAACACGGAAUCCAUACAAAUAUUCGAAGAACACAAACGUCUGUCACAAGAGUUUCUGCGGAUGAAAAUGGAAGUAACGCUUCUGUCGUCUCGAAAACAAGAGUUGGAGUCAACAGACGUGACCACAAACUCAAUAGAGGAAUACCGGGCCCUCAAAGACGAGAACACGAGUUUGCGGAAACUGAAGGACAAUCUAAUCACUCAAUUAGAUUUCAUUAAAGUUAAACAACGACAGAGAGAAGCGGCCGCCGAUGGCGACUGGGUUUAUGUUGACGGCACCGACACUAACCACAACCACAACCAACACUAAUUAUGAUUUUAACUAUGAUUUUAAAUCUGUAAUAAAUUUAUUUCAUUAAUUUAAUGUUAUUUAUAUAUAAAAAUCUAUAUUUCAAAUAAGCAUUUUAUCAAUCGAUUAAAUCAAACCAAGCAAUCAUUUCAUUUCUGUUUUAAUUAAUAAAACUUUUAUUUAAUUA